GCUGGGAAGAAGUCACGUGGCAGCCGGAAAGCGUGGCAGCAGCCUCCAGAGCCUCCCCACACCUUCAUCGCGCCUCGGGCUGGAGAGAAAACAAAGACGUAGUUUCCGCUUCCGCCAGCUCUUCCUCUUCCAGUUCUCGAGGACGCAGUGCCGGCAGGGACUUCGGCUGCAGCCCUGGUGUGGGAGGCGACAGCAUCAUGGCGAUGUUCGAGCAGAUGAGAGCGAACGUGGGCAAGUUGCUCAAGGGGAUCGACAGGUACAAUCCUGAGAAUCUGGCCACCCUGGAGCGCUAUGUGGAGACACAAGCCAAGGAGAAUGCCUAUGAUCUGGAAGCCAACCUGGCUGUCCUGAAGCUGUACCAGUUCAACCCAGCCUUUUUCCAGACCACAGUCACCGCCCAGAUCCUGCUAAAGGCCCUCACCAACCUGCCCCACACCGACUUCACGCUGUGCAAGUGCAUGAUCGACCAGGCCCAUCAAGAAGAACGGCCCAUCCGGCAGAUUUUGUACCUCGGAGACUUGCUGGAGACAUGCCACUUCCAGGCCUUCUGGCAAGCCCUGGAUGAAAACAUGGACCUCUUGGAAGGUAUAACUGGCUUUGAAGACUCUGUCCGAAAAUUUAUCUGCCAUGUUGUGGGCAUUACUUAUCAGCACGUUGAUCGCCGGCUGCUGGCCGAGAUGCUCGGGGACCUGACAGACAGCCAGCUAAAGGUGUGGAUGAGCAAGUACGGCUGGAGCACUGAUGAGUCGGGACAGAUCUUCAUCUGCAGCCAGGAAGAGAGCAUUAAGCCCAAGAACAUUGUGGAGAAGAUCGACUUUGACAGUGUGUCCAGCAUCAUGGCCUCCUCCCAGUAACUUUGCAGGUGUUUAAUAAAGACUUGUUGACUUCUUAGCCCUGUUA